AUGCCAGCAGGAGCUCUGCGCCUCUGCCUCCUCCUCGCCGCCCUCCACCUGAGGUCCGUUCCCGGCGCGGCUUUGGAUGAAGCGCCCUUCGAGUUGAAGGAUUUACCCCGAGCUCCGGCAUUUUCUCCGCACAGGAAGGCGCCACAGUUUAUGUUGGAUUUGUUCAGUUUCGUGUCCAUGGCCGACGAGGCGCGCAAAAGCCAGAAGGAGGUACUGGAAGGGAACACGGUGCGCAGUUUUCAGGAUAAAGGACCCACUGGGGAGAGAAUCCACUUUUUCAACUUGUCUUCCCUGGGCAGAGAGGAGAAAAUGAUCAAAGCUGAAUUCCGCUGGUUCCGGAAGAAACAGAAAUUCUACCUGGGGAUGUCUCAUUUUUACAAGGUGGAUGUGUAUGAGGUGCUGGACAGCCGAGUAAAGCCACCGAGAGGAAACCUCAUCACCUCCAGGCUGGUGCCCCUGUAUACGCAGGGAUGGGAAGUGUUCAAUGUCACUCAGACGGUAUCUAAAUGGAUGCAGAAUAGUCAGGAGAACAACGGCAUCCUGGUGGUGACAACAUUUCCCUCUGGCGACUGGAUAAAGUCUGCAUCCAAACAUCCUGAGUGGACCGAUACCAGCGCCUACCUGGUCAUAUUCUCAGAUGAUGGGAGGCCUGAAGCAAACCAGUCCCACCAGGGUAAGCUGAUAUGGAGUGGUAUAUGUGUGUGCAGCCAAAACCUGAGACCUUUCUGUUUAAAUAAUGAUAUCCCUUUUCCUACAGGACAACCUGCAGCAGCAGCAGCAGACCCCGAGCCUCAGCGCCGUCUCAGCAGGAGAAGACGAGCGUCUUCAGAUUUCCCUCACCGCGGUCGCCCGCAGUCCUGUCGGCGGGUCCCCCUCUUCGUCGACUUUGAGGAGAUUGGCUGGUCGGGCUGGGUCAUCUCCCCCCGCGGCUACAACGCCUACCGCUGCAAAGGCUCCUGCCCGUUCCCGCUGGGCGUGGGCCUCAGGGCCACCAACCACGCCACGGUGCGCUCCAUCAUGCAUGCGCUCAAGCUUCCCGGGGAAGACGUGGGAGCCCCCUGCUGCGUGCCCGACAGACUGCAGUCCAUCAGCUUGCUGUACUUUGACGAGGAGGAGAAUGUGGUGCUGAAGCAGUUUGACGACAUGGUAGCACUGAGCUGCGGCUGUCACUGACCCUCUGUGGCUCCUGCACUAAAGACUGAGACAUGGAGGGGAGGUUCAGGGAAUGGAGUCUUACAGCCGAUAAGAAAAUGUUUCCGUGUGUAUGUUUAAAUAUUGAUUUAUUUUGAGAAAUAAAAGGAUUCCUUAACUGUUAAAUAAAACUGUUUGUUUUUGGUAUGUGAA